AUGCAGUCUCAUUCUACUGCCGAGGAAAGCCUCGACAAUGAAAAAACCAGCAUUGAUCUAAAUGUUCAUCAACUCAAUAGCGGCACAAAUACUCCCUCAAUCAACAAAUCAGACCUGGAAGAACAAGGCACUCUUUCUCAUCCCAUCUCUAAAAAUGGCCAGCAAAUUCUCGUCACCUGGACUCCAGAAGAAGAAGCUGCUAUUGUUCGGAAAAUUGACUUUCUUUUCCUCCCCAUCUUCUCCCUACUAUUUACCUGGAUGGCCAUUGAUCGAACCAACGUCUCCAGUGUACUCACGUCCACCUUCCUGUCCGAUACAUCUAUAACCCCCGAUGAAGCCAAUGCAGGCAUUUCCAUCCUCUGGCUGGGAAUCGUCUUGCUCGAGAUCCCAUCAAAUAUUGUUCUUCACCGCAUUGGCCCUCACUACUGGCUUCCCGCCCAAGUCGUCGUCUGGGGCCUGGUAGAGGUACUGCACAUGUUCGUCACCAAUGCCAGUGGCUGGUACGCCGCACGACUAUUCCUCGGACUUACAGAGAGCGGAUUCAUCCCCGGCGGUCUAUACACCUUGUCAAGAUGGUACGUGCCAAACGAGCUCGCAAAGCGCACGGCGAUAUUCUUCCUUGGACCGGCAUUGGCUGCGGCUUUUGGGUCGCUGAUUUGUGCGGGAGCGUUAUCGUUACAUCUGGAAGGGGGAUUAACUGGAUGGCAAUGGAUAUUUAUCAUCUGUGGCGUUUCUACGAUAGCUGCUGGAGUCUUGGCUUUUGCCAUCGUGCCAAAAUCUCCCUAUCAUACAGGCUAUCUCUUUGGCGGACUCAUCCGCGUAAAGGGCUGGCUCAGCGAGCAUGAAGCUGAUAUUCUCAUUGCGCGCCAAGCCCGACGAGAAGACUAUCAGGUAGCCGGGGAUACUCUCAAGAUCGGCUGGAAAGACAUAACUGAUGUCCUUUUCCACUGGGCUACAUGGCCAUAUCUCAUCGUGUGCCUGACAGGUCUCCAAUCUGUGAACGGGCUAGGCACCUGGGGUGCAUCGAUUAUCACGUCGCUUAACUUCAGCGCCAUUCGCGCUAACCUGCUCAAUGCACCGGGUAACCUGCUGUGUGCAAUCUUUGGCAUCGCGCUGUCUGCAUACGUGGAUAGAUAUAGCCGAUUUGGAUAUGCGAUUAUAUUUUCGGCCGUGUGGACUCUUGCAGGAUUAGUUGCACUUUAUUGCCUACCCAUCACAUCUAAAGCUUCGUGGUCUUUCUACGCAGCCUACCUGGUCACCCAAUCAGCCCCAAACUGGCAACCAAUCAAUGUAACCUGGUUAUCAUUGAACUUCAAGACACCCCAGAAGCGUGCGAUUGCAUAUGCAGUAUACAUUGGAUGCUCUCACCUAGGCGGCACGUACGGCAACCAAGUAUUCAGAGCAAGUGAUGCCCCUCUAUAUCGCACCGCAUGGAUUGCGUGUAUAUCGUUAGGAGCAGUGUGGCUCGCCGGUAUCAUUGCACAAACAUUCGGUUUCCAGUGGGCCAACCGUCGUUUCUCAAGGAAGCUGGCCAACAACCCAGAGCUGGAAUCGGAGAUCGCGUACAUUGACACCAAGGGACGGAAACAUCGGUAUCAUUGGUGA